UAUAUGGAAGUUAACCCAAUGAAUGAGGAAAAUUGUAUCAAAGUGUUUGAUAAAAUUUCUCUGGUCUGUGUUCCAAGAGUGAGAAAACCACAUAAUAAGAAUGAUCCCUUUGCCGAAACAAAGAUUAAUCAAGAACCAGUUCCAAUUUUUAAGAGAUCUGAUAAUCGCUCUGGAAUCGAACUUGAAUUCCCAGUUGCCUGA